CAUCCUCCUGACACACGCAUAGCUUAUCCACUCAAGAGGUCCCGUGUACUACUACUACUACCACUACUACUACUACUACACCAGCCAACAGCGCGCGACGACGACCCAUAUGUCCACGAGCGAUCGCUACUAUUGAGUUCUCUUUACGUUUAAGGGGCUGCCGUGUUGGAGAGGGGGGAACGCACCGCGAUGUGGACCCACUGUUUUUGCUGAAACAAGCGAACGCGGACGUGAAGGAAAUCGGGGUGCUGUGGAGUGAUGUCGGGGGGAGAGGACCGGGAUGGCGAGGCGGUGGCGCCCGUGUACGUGUACGAGUCCAAGGUGCACUGUGCUAACGUGCUGCUGAGCCUGGAGGAGCAGAGGAGGCAGGGCGUGCUGUGUGAUGUGACCGUGCUGGUGGAGGGGAGAGAGGUGCGCGCUCACAGGGCUGUACUCGCUGCCAGCAGCAGGUACUUCCUCCAGGCGCUACUGCACAACGGGACCCCGGGCGAGAGCGAGCUGGUCAUCACCCUGCCAGAUAAGGUCACAGCUAAGGGCUUCGCUCCGCUGCUCCAGUUUGCCUACACUGCCAAGCUCGUCUUAAGCCGUGAGAACAUCCAUGAGGUGAUCCUGUGUGCGGACUUCCUCGGUGUUCAUAACCUGGAGGACUCCUGUUUCCGCUUCCUCCAGGCCCAGCUGCAAAACGACAGCCAGCACGCCAUCAACGGAAAGGCGGAAUCAGACGAUGACGUAAUGACCGAAGAGUUCAACGAGGCUCUCCCACUGGGCGACACUACAACGGACCACAGGCAGCAGACCAAUCAUGUAGCACCCACUGCGCCACAGCCCAAGUACAGCCCCAAAUACAGGAAGUACCAGUACCCAAUCAUCGACAACAAGCACAAUGGCGAGAAACAUCAUGACGAGAUUGUUUUGCCGAAUCGUACCUCAGCUAGCCCGCUCAACUCCCACUACCAGGAUCCUUCGCAACCUCUCCUGACGCCAUCGCGGAUCAAGGAAGAACCAUAUUCGUUUGAGGAAGCCAGAGAAAACAGGAAUGGUUACAAUCCCGAGUUGUGCACGGAGGAGGUGUUGGAGAUGGAGUUGGAAGUGGAAGGGGUACCAGUAGCAGCAGAACACUCGCCUAGCCAGGGCUCGCCCUCCUCCUGUUUACGUUCCUACCUCCAAAGGGGCGGCUUGGACCUGAGCGCAGUGCCCAGUACGACCAUCCAACAACUCCUCACCAACAGACUGUCUCUCAACCAUUACAGGGAUCUCGUGAAGGACCGCGCCAGGGACAAGAACAUGGACAGAUCGAAGGCAUCAUCGUCGAAACAUGAGGGCGAGGUAGACAGGCGAAGUAGUGUGAUUUUCUCAUCGGCGGCUGGGGAGAGACACAUGGGUCCUUCAUACAUUGAAGACACGUUUCGAGAAAAAGUAUCAGCGUUGAUGCAGGUGGAGUCGCCUUCAAGCGGGCGGUCAUGUCUCACCACAAGUUGCCCCAUCAAACCAGCAGCCCACUCGCCUUCUCCAUCAGAGCCCCAAACACAAACCUCCAGCUCCAGAUCUUCAUUCUCCUUCCCGGACGAUGGUGGGAUCGGGGUUUCGCCAUCCAGCAUGCCCCAGUUCGACUACUCCUCGUCCCCGCGCUCAGGUUCUAUCUCGGGGCUCUCCCACUGCCUGGCCGGCCUGGUGGAGCAGAGAACCCCUCAGGACUGCUCCAAAAUCAAGACUGAACAGGGCUUUGGUACCAGCGGAAUGAACUCCAGUGAUGAGUCUGGGUCUUUCUCAGAGGGGGACAGCGAGAGUGGGGUCUCCAUGAGGGUCUCGGGGCCUGAGGUGAAACUGCCCUUCCCUGUGGACCAGAUCACAAACCUGCCGCGGAAUGACUUUCAGAUCCUGAUCAAGAUGCACAAACUGACCUCAGAGCAGCUCGAGUUCAUCCACGACAUCCGCCGCCGCAGCAAGAACCGCAUCGCCGCCCAGCGCUGUCGGAAGAGGAAACUCGACUGUAUUCAGAACCUGGAGUGUGAGAUACGCAAACUGGUUUGUGAAAAGGAGAAGCUGCUGAGCGAGCGCAACCAGCUGAAGGUGUGCAUGUCAGAGCUGUGGCAGAACCUGUCCUUUCUCUCGCAGCAGGUGUGUAGAGAUGUCCAACCUCCACCUGUAUCCGCCAGCAUCGACCUCACCUCCACCCCGCCCUCGCCUUCCUCUUCCUCCCCCCGGGCCUCUCCUCUGAGGCCCGGCACUCCCACGGACAUGGGCGAAGAGGAGCGCGAAGGGGUGGACGUGUCCCAAGACUGCCCCCUGGUGGUGGGGUCCACCGAGGAAGUAUGUAGCCCCACUGUCACCGUGGAUUUCUGCCAGGAGAUGACUGAGAAAUGCACAACAGAGGAACAGCAGCAGAGGCAGGGCUGCACCUAAAGUUUGGGCCGGUCCUAGGUCCGAACAUACCUUGAUAUCUGAUGUAUUUUGUCUUUUUGUAACGUUGUCUCAGCAAUACUGUUGAACAGGUAUUUUUGCAUCGCGAUCUAACAAAUGCACUGGCAGCUUCUCUCUUUCUCUCUGUCUCACUCUCCUCUUCCUGUCAGCGUCCUUCCCAGUGCAUCAUGGGAGGUUAAACUCAGGAAAUGCUCCGAAUGUUCAGUAAUUUCUCAUGUACAUGCUUUUUGCUUCACUGUCCAGUCCUGACUUGAAUAUUACAUUUUGAAAUACAAUUUAUCAUUGUUGUUAGCCUAGCUUCUAAGAAUAAAGCACACAACAAUAAGCUGGACUCUCCUAGUACUGAAUAUUGAUGCAAAAAAGUUCAUUUCUACUGAGGAACAUGUGUAGGCCGACCAUUUUAUAGGCCAUUUACAGUCGCUGUAAGCUAUGCCAUGUUAGUUUGGUCAGUAAAGUCAGACUUCUACUUCCAGAGACACAGCACAUGUGUAAUAAGCUCUCACCAACUAACUUAAACGGGCAUUAUAAUGCUAAAGAGAGGGGCAAAUACGCUGAGCUAAGCUAACAACUGCUAACUGACUUGUGCAAUUUUCCACAUGCAAAGCUUCUUUCCUCUAAUAUAGUUGAGUCUGUCAGUGGUGUUUGAGUGGAACAGGACAGUGAAGUGAAACCCUACCAAAGGUGUGUAUUUGUAAACUGCUACAUUUGGUCAAAUGUCUCAUUAUGCAAAGCUUGUUUUGUCAAAUGUUCACAUUUCUAUUUUCUCGUAGACAAAGGAUAUAACGUUUUUCCUGCCUUUUUCAAAUCUGUGCAAAGAGACAGAAUCACAUAAGGCUGAAGCACCACGCAGCGCCUCCAAGAGGCGACGUGAAGCAUUGAAUGAACACGAACGUGAGGUGACACUGGCACUUAACCAAUCCCAGAGAAUCACUCAGAUGUGCAGGUUCAAAGGUCAUGCUGGUGUUUUCUGUUUCGUUUUCUGAAGCAAUGUGACAUGUAGAUAUGUUUAAAAUACAUAAAGUGAACUGUUUUUGUUGUUAUUGUGAAAUAGCAAGUACAAUCAUUUCUAAGAAUUGUAAUAAACCAGGCUGACACAGGCCUCCAAAGGUAAACAUUGUAGUUUAAAACUUGAAAUGUGAAAUAAGAUGAAACCCAAACAAAAACACCAGUAUGCUCCUUUAGACACUACCUUAAAUGAAACGCUUAUUUAUUGUGCUAUAUGUAAUAUGAAUAGUGUUGUACUUAUGUAUGCAAUGUUAUUUUACUGUACACAGCAGCACUAAAUACCCUGAGGUCCAGCGUGAGUGUAAAACACAUCUGUUUUCAACAAUUGGCACAAAACGUAUAAAAACAUGUAAAAUAAGGAGUCUGUACACUUAAUAGUGAACACUAUGAAGUCCACUGCUCCAAAUACAACACAAUGGCACAUUAUUGAUUUAGGGAGAUGCCAAAUUCAUCUGCUGUUGAAAAGUCGAUGAGGAAGCACGUGGCAGUGCUGAGUGCAGCGGCUCUCUGCACACAGCACCCACAACAGCAUCUGAAUAAUGGCCUGUCGACAGUAUUAGGACAAAUUCACUUUUAGUUGAUCUAUGUAGAGCUAAAAACCCAAUGUGUUGGUGUUCAACAUUAAAACAAAAGUUACAAUCAAAAACCUGUUAUGUAAAAAGUGAAUUGAUCCAAUAAGCCAAGCUAAACUCUUAUUCGAAUGUACGUCUUAACAGAUACUUUGAAUGGUUAUAUCUCCGUAAUGUGAACUUAUUGCUAACUUAUUUAUUUGGUUGUAUGUGGAAAGGGGAAGGGGCGGGCUGUAGAGGAAAACGCAUAGAUGUACAUUGUAGGUCGGUAUCGGACUGAUAGGACUGAACUUUGGUAAUAGAUGUAAUUUUGAUUGUUUAUAAUUUGUCUUUAUUUACAUGUCACUUAAGUUGUUCUAUUUUAACUCAAAGGGUGUAUGUUUACAAUUUUGUGCAUUUCUUGUUGUUAUUUUUUGUUUUGUAAAAAUAUAAGAAGUCCUUGCAAAUUAGGUUGUAGAAAAAUCUGCUAAAUUAUUUUUUAGUGUAAGUUAAAAUUGUUGACUUUUUGAGCAUCUGACAAGUGCAGCUACAAGUUGUUGCCUUAGAGGUUACAGAGGCCAAACUACUAUAUUCAGUAAGGGAACAAGGAACUGUCAAGCAAAAACUGUCUCAAAAUACAAAACGUGGCCCCCCAAAACGGGACAUUAGAAAGAGAUAUAAUGUUAGCAAUCGUGAAGUUUACAAUGAACCAGAUCCUUGGACCAACUCUGCUUUGUUUUUUCCACUCUCUGAAUCUUAAUGAAGGAAACUUUUUUGAAAUGUUUUUUUUUUUUUUUGUAAAAUGGAACUAUUUUGUUGCUGUACACUUAGCAUUACAAAGAAAAUAGUCCUGACAGUUUUUUUGAAAAUUGACAGUUUCUCUAAAUGAAACUUUCUAAUAAUCUGGCAGUAUAAAAAAAGUUUUAGAUACAUAUUGUUAAUAAAAGACACAAGAUUAAAAGGCCCAUAUUACGCUAUUUUCUCAUCUGUUAUAAUGCUGUUUCCUCAUCAAAAACAUACCUGGAGUUGUGUUUUGUUUCAUGUUUAUGUUCAACACACAAACCCUGCAUAUAUAAAGUUCUUUUCUCAAACUGAAAACACUGUUGCACCUUCUGAUGUCAUAAUUCAUUAACACAGGAAGUGCUCCAUUGCGGUUUUAAACUCUAUGCCCUUUUACUAGAAUCAUUUGGAUAAUUUCAGCCUUGGAAUUGUCAAACUCUACUGAACUAAAGGUAAAGGGUAUCUGUUAAUGUGAAAAUUACCACUUGAUGAUAUCACAAGAUGGAACAGAGAAUUUUGAGCAUUGGACAGACUAAUGAUAAGAUUAUUUAAACAUGUGUGAAUGAACCUAAACACAACUCCCAGUAUGUUUUGAAGAGGCAGCAACAUUCUAACAUGAUUUAAAGCUCACAGCAAUCAACUCUGCGUAAUAUACUUUACACUUUUAAAUAUGUAUGAGCUUAUUAUAUCUUACAAUACAAACACAAAAUGUCUCCAGACGCACUGAAGUCUAAACCUAGAUAUGACUUUUACUGAUAGCACUUGAACAUAACAAAAAAUUUAACUUAUCUAGGUUAGUUUUGAAACAAUCCUUCUUACUUUGAAAUACCUACAAAUAAUAGUAAUAUAUGUCAAAAAGCAGUCAGGACUAUUCAACAUCACAGUUUAAUAUGAUCAUUUCUUUCCAAGCUACAUAACUGGAUUUCACUCAGGCCAAAACAUACUGAAAUGAUUGUUUUUAUGAAGGACUUUUGGAUCCCAUGCCUUGACACUACAUAGGAAGUACCUUAAUAGUUCACGUUUACAGUGGGGAGCAGUUGGGGGGCCACUUCCAUUGAUCUUGCUACAGAUUGUGAUUUCAGGGUUCUUUUAAAAACCUUGGUUGAACGGACUCUUCUCAAACACUUAUCUACCUGGAUUCAGCAUACCUCUUUGUAUGAAUAGACCUGUACCAUAGACAUGUAGAAACUUUAUGUGGCAUCAUUUCUAACUUUUUACACUGGUAUCAUUGUAUUUGUAGACUUCUGGUGAGCCAUUUUUUAUGUGUACUUUACUUUGGGUACCUGCAACAUGACUGUUAUUAUCGGCAUUUUUAUUUUAUUUUUUAUCUUUGACUGUUCGAUUUUAACAUGAUUUUUUGAUUUAGAUAUUUGUAAAUAUAUUGUGCGAGACGUCAUGUUUUCUUUAUUUGA